UCCCUGAGGGCCCUCCGCACUCCGUGCCUCCAUGGCUCCUUCAUUGACACACAGAUCAGUUCCUGUAAAAGGCAUGGCUUGGCGUGCGGGGGUGUGGAGUGAGACAGGCCUGGCGGUCCUGCUGCUGCUCCAGUGCUGCUCUGCAUACAAGCUGGUCUGCUACUACACCAGCUGGUCCCAGUACCGGGAAGGGGAGGGGAGCUGCUUCCCAGACGCCAUCGAUCCCUUCCUCUGCACCCACGUCAUCUACAGCUUUGCCAACAUCAGCCACGAUGAGAUCGACACCUGGGAGUGGAACGAUGUGACACUCUACGACACACUGAACACACUCAAGAACAGGAACCCCAACCUGAAAACCCUCCUGUCGGUUGGAGGAUGGAGUUUUGGCUCUGAAAGAUUUUCCAAAAUAGCCUCCAACACCCAGAGUCGCAGGACUUUCAUCAAGUCGGUGCCACCAUUUCUACGGACCCACGGCUUCGAUGGGCUGGACCUGGCCUGGCUCUACCCUGGACGGAGAGACAAGCGGCAUCUCUCCACCCUGGUCAAGGAAAUGAAGGCCGAAUUUGCCAAGGAAGCCCAGCCAGGGACAGAGCAGCUCCUGCUCAGCGCAGCAGUGCCCGCUGGGAAGGUCACCAUUGACAGCGGCUACGACAUCGCCGCCCUAGCCCAACACCUGGAUUUCAUCAGCAUCAUGGCCUACGACUUCCACGGAGCCUGGCGCCAGACCACGGGACACCACAGCCCCCUGUUCCGAGGACAGGAAGAUGCAAGCCCUGAUAGAUUCAGCAAUGUUGACUACGCUGUGGGGUACAUGCUGAGGCUGGGGGCCUCUGCCAAUCAGCUGGUGAUGGGCAUCCCCACCUUUGGGAAGAGCUUCACUCUGGCUUCCUCCAGGACGGGUAUUGGAGCCCCAAUCUUGGGGCCGGGAAUACCAGGCCGGUUCACAAAGGAAGAGGGGAUUCUUGCCUACUAUGAGAUCUGCAAUUUCCUCCAUGGAGCCACAGUCCAGAGACUCCUCGGCCAGCAGGUCCCCUAUGCCACCAAGGGCAACCAGUGGGUUGGGUACGAUGAUCAGCAGAGUGUCAAAAGCAAGGUGCAGUACCUGAAGAACAGGCAGCUGGCAGGCGCCAUGGUGUGGGCCUUGGAUUUGGAUGACUUCCGGGGCUCCUUCUGUGGCCAGAACCUCCGCUUCCCACUCACCAGCGCCAUCAAGGACGCACUCGCUGCCGCUUAGCCCUGUGUCCUUCUGCACGUGGUGGGGGCCGGUGAUGCCCCCAAUCCUCUGGCUCUGCUGUGCCCCUGGCUGAGCCUCAGUUUCCCACCCUUGGGACCCUAACAGAGAACCACGGCCCUGAGAGUUAAGCUCAGCCCUGGUGGACGGGGAUGUAGGAGCGGGGUCUUGGGGACAGUAAGGGCCUAGGGACCAGCAGCCCAAGACACAGGAUCAGUAAGUACACACCUGUUGACUUCUGGAAAUGCCCACAGACCCAGCACAAGGGAACUUCUUUACCUCCCACGCCACCACUCUCUUUAUCAAAGGACACCAUUUUAGCAAGUUCCACCACCGAGUAGCCAAACAUCCUCUAAGACCCAGUGACCAUACUAAUUAUACCCUCUGCAAAGCCCAGCUCGAAGCCUUUGCGUGGGGACAUAAUCGUGUCUCCUACCCCACUUCCCUUUCUUAAUUCUGCAGCUGCUCAAUAAAGCACCAGAGCUUAUCAGCA